GAGGAAGUCUGGAAUUAAAUUAGGAGUUAGAAGAUGGCGGCUGCCUCUCUGUUUCUCUGUCGCUCGUCAAGACACCUUUCGUCGAGGAUUAGAGGGUUUUGCUCCAAGGCUGUUAUUGAUCGUGGGGUUGUUCUUGGCGUGUUCGAGGUGGACAGCGGUCAUGAAAAGAAAUCUGAUGAGGGUGAUGUAGAAAAUUUCUUCACCGACGCGGCAAAAAAUUUUAACUCAAGAACUUCAGGAAAGCUCAAGGAGAUGAUCGAAUUGUCUGGAUUUAAGGGAAAAAUUGGCAAAUCAAAGACAUACUUUGGCAUUGAUAAGGAUUACCCUUGUGUUGUUGUUGUUGGUCUGGGUAAAAAAGAUAUUCGGUCUGAUGCAGAGACAAGUGAAGAAAAGGAACCUUCUAGUAAUUACAGACAGGCUUCUGGGGUUGGCGUUAAAGUUCUGAGAGACCAGGGAGUUCAAACAGCAGAAAUAGAUACAUUUUCAGACCCUCAAGCUGCAGCUGAGGGAGCAAAUCUAGCUCUUUUUAGUUAUGACACCUUGAAGUCUUCAAAGAAGUUACAAGUAGAUCUCCACCUUCAUGAGCAUGUGAAAGAAAAUGAUUUCUUGAGCGAAAAGGAGGAAAUGCAUUUGUUUGCCUGGCGUAAACUUUGGCAGGAUGGAUUACUGUUAUCUGGAGCACAAAAUUUUGCCAGAGAGUUGAUGGAAACACCAUCCAACUUGUUGACACCAACAAUUUUUGCUGAUACCCUCACUGAGAGGCUGUCAGAUCUAGAAACUGUUGAAGUACAUGCAAGAGAUCAACGUUGGGCAGAAGAACACAAGAUGGGGGCAUUCCUGAGUGUUGGCAAGGGCUCAAGUGAAGCCAGUGUUUUCUUAGAAAUGAAGUAUUCUGGUGCUAAGGAACCAGAUUCAUCUCCUUUAAUUCUUGUAGGAAAAGGUGUGACAUUUGACAGUGGUGGUAUCAGUAUCAAGCCUGCUGCUGGAAUGGGGCUCAUGAAAGCUGACAUGGGUGGAGCUGCCACUGUCAGUGCAUCAUUUGAAGCCAUAGCAAGGCUACAAGUGCCAAUCAAUGUCAUAGCUCUUGUUCCUUUGUGUGAAAAUAUGCCAUCAGGAAGUGCUAACAAACCAGGAGAUGUCAUAACUGCAAUGAAUGGGAAGACCAUUGAGGUUGAUAACACUGAUGCAGAAGGAAGGCUUAUUCUUGCCGAUGCUCUUUGUUACGCCAGUAAAUUCAACCCUCGUGGCAUUAUCGAUGUGGCUACACUCACUGGGGCGAUGGAUAUCGCUUUAGGACAGGGAGCCACAGGCGUUUUUACAAACUCUUCAACACUGUGGAACUGUAUAUUUCAGGCUGGGUUUAAUUGCGGGGAGAGAAUGUGGCGGAUGCCAUUAUACAAACACUACACUGAACAGAUUAAGUCUGAUGUGGCUGAUUUAAGAAACACUGGGAAAAAGAGGUCCGCUGGCUCGUGUACUGCAGCAGUUUUCCUCAAGGAGUUUGUUGACGCUAAACAUUGGGCUCAUUUUGACAUCGCCGGGGUGAUGGACAACAGUUCGAAUGCAAUCCCAUAUCUCAACAAUGGCAUGUCAGGUCGACCAACAAGAGCCCUUGUGGAAAUCGCUCGAAAACUCGCAGUCGACAACUCGAAUUAAAGCACUGAAGUCCACCUGAAGAAAGCAUGACACAUAACUGAAUAUGUUAUCGCGAAAAGAAUUUCACGAAUAAGGAAAAUAGAACGUUCACCCGUGAUCUUGAACCACCCAUAUAUAAAGCGCGGAAAAAUAAGGUUCUCUGUUGCAAAUCAAAUCUUGUGGGAGACACUUUCCAACGCACUUACCGUGCUUUAAAGUUUAGUGAACUAAUUUUGCCGCGAACACGAGAGCGUUAAUGUUCUUGGUAGUAUCUUUUAAAACCUGAAGAUUGUCUUAGCUGGUUUUGAAAUAUGAAAAACCAAAGAUGGUUUAUCAAAGAACACAACAAUUACCAAGGGAGACUUCGUUACGGGGGUUUGAAUUUAAUCUGUCUUCAGGACUACAGCUGCACCCCAAAGUAAAUUAAAACUUAACAUAUAAGUAAAUAAUAACGGAGAUGUGCAGACUUACGACAAGAUUGAAUUACGAGCAGCAAAUAUAAUAAUGUAAACUUCAUUAAAUACUCUUUUUCAAACCUUAAUAUAACAUAUUUCUUCUAAAGCAUCAUCAGAUCAAGUCUCCGCUUGUAGAUAAGUUACAGCUUUAUAGAAAGAAUAACAAGAACGAUGAUAUUGUUACUUUUUCUUCCAAUAACCUUUGACAACUUUUUGUCACAGUAACUAAACUAUUUAAAGUAA